CCAAGAGCACCAUCGUCAGCACAGGCCUGCGCAUAUCCCUCAAGCCGUCGAUAUGGAGGCACAACAUGCCAGUCGCGCCCUGGCAUUCGCGGCUGGGGUCACUGGAGUGCCCACAACCUCGCUGCCAGCUGGUCUCCCACAUCAGCCGAUCCGGAACCUUGGCCCCGCUGCAUGCUUCGAUGACGAAUGCAACGGUAGCGGCAGCGCGGCUGCCACGGUGGCCGCAGCUGCCGACGACAGUGGCCUUGAACCACGGUGCCUUGAAGAGAAGCCAGAGCGCGAGCAGCAGCAGCGCCACCUGCUACCUACGCUGGCCACGCAUCAGUGCCCCGUCUGCUGUCGUUUGUUUCUCGACCAGCGCGAAGCCGAGGAACACAUGCAGGCCCACGCCGCUGCGGUUGCCGCCGCCACUGGUGUGCCAGGCGGUCGACAGGUGGCGCCACCGGCGGUACCUUCGCACCUGCUGCAUCAGCAGUCUGAUGUUCACUACUGUUUCGUCUGCACCAAGUCGUUCGCCACGGCCAGCAACCUGCGCACGCACAUGCUCUUACAUAUGGGCAAGAAGCCACACACCUGCCAGGUGUGCGGCAAGCAGUUCAGCGCCUCGUCGAACCUGAAGGCGCACGCCGUGGUGCAUACGGGAGAGCGCCGGUACCGGUGCGCCGACUGUGGCAAGGCGUUCGCCACCUCGAGCCACCUGAAGACGCAUACCAUCGUGCACAGCGGACGCCGGCCGUACCAGUGCGAGAUCUGCCUGCGAGAGUUCUCCGUGUCCUCCAACCUGCGCUCGCACAUGUUCGUCCACACGGGCGAGCGACACCAUGAGUGCCAGGUAUGCGGCAAGCAGUUCUCCUCCUCCAGUCACGUGAAGACGCACAUGCUGACGCACUCCGGCGAGCGGCCGCACAAGUGCGACCUGUGCCCCAAGUCGUUCGCCGUCAUCAGCAACCUGAAGGCCCACCGUAAGAUCCACCUAGGCCAGAAGGACCACGCGUGCGACGUCUGCGGCAAGUGUUUCUACACUUCGAGCGACAUGAAGUCGCACCGCACCAUGCACACGGGCGAGCGGCCGCACCAGUGCGACGUGUGCCACGAGCGAUUCGGCAAGCGCUCCAACAUGAAGGCGCACAUGAUGACUCACACCGGCGAGCGACCGUUCCAGUGCCAGCGCUGCCCGAAGCGCUUCGCCAAGGCGUCCACUCUCCGGACGCACGCGGCCAAGUGGCACCCGCCGGUAUCCGCCGAAGCGCCGUCCACAUCUGCGUCACAAGAAGCGCCGCACGACGACGAUAGCGCCGCCGGCGGCGUUUCUGUCAACGAUAGUUCCGUCCCGUGCUCGUCGCGCGGUAGGCCGUCGUCGACCGUUCAAAGUACUCGCGGCUACCCUUCCUCCACGACCACGACCGACUCUCACUGUACCGUCCUUCCCGCUUCUGGGCGCGCUGCAGUUGCUGCGAAUUCUUCCGAAGCUUCAUCUUGCAUCACUUCAGCAGCAGCAGCUUCAUCAUCAGCCGCCGCCGCUGCCGCUGCUGCUGAUGAUGAGGACGAUGAUGAUGGCGAUCACGCGCCCUUGACCGCAGCGACAGAGUGCGAUGCCUUAAACUCGAUCCCGGUGAUGCCUCUCUCGAAAGUAAAGGGUUCGAACGGUUCCGUCGACACCAAAAAUUUCGCCGGUCAUCCUCGGAAAGGACUUCGCCCGCAGUCCCGCGAGACCGCGCCUACGAGCCGUUGCGCAGACGGGCCCGUUGCUGAGGCCAACGGUCGUUCCAGGAGUGCCGCUGUCGCUUCAAACCCGCUCCCGUCUUCGUCACGAGCCGGUCGGAUCGUCACGGAGGCAACCUCAGCGGGCCGCAGCGUCCGUACGAAGGACACGUCAAGGGCUGCAAGCCAAGCUGUUGUUGGGUCUGUCUCCGUUCAGCAGUACGUGCAAGCUCCGGACGAGCUUGCGUUAGAGAGUGAGCCCCGCGGGGAUCUGACAGGCUUUAUCGUCAAAAUAGAAAACACCAAAAGCGUCGAGGCGGGCACAUUUCACAUGGCCAGAUGAUCGGAUGAAGGCGGAGUCGAAGUCAUACUCUUGUUCUAAAAUUUCACGCCUCGGCGCUCCGGACAUGUUUACGGGUCACCACGCCGGUUCACACACUCGAACACGCGUUUGGGAACUUUUUUUUUUUUUUUUCUUUUUUUUCUCUUUUCGGAGGCGUGUGCUUGGUCAUUUGCAAACCUUGAAGAAGAACGGCCAAUUGCGGCCUUGGAAAACUUUCCUUCUUAUGUGACAACUAAUUUACCUCUUCAGUUUCUCUUUUAUUUUUUUUAUUGUUAUUUAUUAUUAUUAUUUUUUUUUGCACGAAGAAUGCAACAAGAGAGACCACGAGACUUCCCAUUAAGGGAACCUGAAGUGACAUUCUGUGCGUGUCACCGUCUGACAACAUCACCACCUGACAAAGAGUAAAGGCAUCUCAGGUGUGAAAUAUUCGUGAAAAAUACAAACUUACACUUUUUUUGUUAUUUGUUUAUUUAUUUUUUUUGCAUGACCGUACCGCAAUUUCUUCUGGAAUCGCAUAGCGUGGCCACUCUCGCCGUGCUA